CGGCAGAAAAUACGAGUCAGUUCCGACGGCGCUGACCGAAGAAACGCGUUUCCGGAGAAAAUUCCGCACAAAGAAAAAAUAAGAAGAAGAAGAAACGAUAGAGAGAAGUAGCAUUAGAGAAAUGGCGUUCACGAUGUACAGCUGCAAGGAAUGCGGAUCGGGUCUAAACCUAAACCCUAACGACAUGUUUCCUCCCGAUUUCUACUUCGAAGCGGGUAACAAAGGAACCAUCUCCUUCGCCGCCGUCGACGCCGACAAAUUCAGAUUCGAGAAGGAGGACAAGAUCAUGCCCUUCUUCGAAACCCUAAAUUACUGGGGAAUCCAACGUAAACGAACCAAGAUCAAGUGCAAUAGCUGCGGCCACCUCGUGGGUUACAUCUACGACGAUGGUCCUCCUCUCACCGGCGGUAUCGGUCAGUACGGGUUCGGUCCGAGUCAGGUCGUUCCUCGUGCUCCUCGUUACCGAUUCAAAACCAAGACCCUUCUGAUCUCGUCCCAGACAUAAUAUCUGAGCCAGAGGGUUUAAGCUUUGCAUAGAGAUAUAUAUAUCGGUUGUGUUUGUGUUUGAUGUGAAUCAGUAAACUGCUAUCUAAGCAGAGGGUUUAAACUUUGCAUGUAAAUAAAGAGUAUGUGUUUGUGUUUAUCGUUUCAUCUUUUCUUCAGUAAUCAUCAGUUCUUGUUAUGGCGA